GUCGCCAUCCAUGAUCGCAGCGGUGGCGACAGACCAGCGGACUCGUCACCUACAAAACGCAGGGUAAAGCGGCGCGGCGAUGGCCACAGCGCGACUACUGCUCCGAACCGCCUCCCUGCGCCCCCUCCGCCGCUCGCCCCCGCACUCAUCCCGCCACCAGCCCCGAGCCGCCAUGGCCUCCGACGCCGCCAGCCAGUUCCACAAGAUCCAGAUCCAGCGCGAGGAUACGACCUUUGAUGCCUAUGUUGUUGGCAAAGAAAACGCUCCUGGAGUUGUAGUGCUGCAAGAGUGGUGGGGCGUUGACUAUGAGGUCAAGAAUCAUGCCAUCCAUAUUUCCCAGAUCGGCGAUGGAUACAGGGCGCUUAUUCCAGAUUUGUACCGUGGGAAGGUUGCUUUGGAGGUAGCUGAGGCACAACAUCUGAUGGAAGGACUAGACUGGCCAGGUGCAAUCAAGGAUAUUCAGGCCUCAGUUAAGUGGCUGAAGGAAAAUGGAUCACCCAAGGUUGGUGUUACUGGUUAUUGCAUGGGAGGUGCUUUGGCAAUUGCAAGUGGAGUUUUGGUCCCGGAGGUUGAUGCUGUUGUUGCUUUCUAUGGGACGCCAUCUUCGGAGCUUGCUGAUACUUCCAAGGCUCAGGCUCCAAUCCAGGCUCAUUUUGGGGAGCUUGACAGUUUUGUUGGAUUUGCAGAUGUUACCGCGGCCAAGUCGUUGGAGGAGAAGCUCAAGGCUUCUGGAGUGGCACAUGAAGUCCACAUAUACCCUGGAUGCUCCCACGCCUUCAUGAACGCAUCGCCUGAGGCCCUCGAGAGGAGGAAGGGCAUGGGUUUGACUGAUGAGAAUCAGGGAGCCAUUGACCUGGCAUGGUCCCGCUUCUCCACUUGGAUGGGCCGUUUCCUGGGAUCUGCAUGAGCAAUUACCAUCCAUAUGGUUCUCUGAAUGAUGUAUAUGGUGUCUGUCAGUCAGCUCAGAAGAAUAAAAUGUCUGGGUGCAAUAUGUCAGUAUCCAACCUAGGCUAGUGUGGUUGUGUUAUCAGUACUAUGCCAACUCGUCGUGAUUUUGUGUUGUGUUGUGGUUGUGGUUAGAUUCAUGUUGGAUGGA